AUGAUGGCAACAACAACAACAACAGAUACAUCUGAAAUUGAUCAUAUUGUUUCAUCGGAACAAUAUCGACUUCAAACAUUUGAGAAUCUAACACAUUUUCCAUCAAUAACUCGUCGUCAAUUAGCUCUUGCUGGUUUUAUUUAUCGACAAGAUGAAUGUGUAUGUCCACAAUGUGGUGUUCAAAUAAAUCUUGAUAAUAUUGAUGAAAAUUCUGAAUAUGCUUCAAAUUAUUUUCGAAAAUUACAUCGAAAAAAAGUUUCAUUUCUUGGAAAACGUUGUUCAUUUUUAUUAUAUGAAUCUGGUACAAAUAUUGAUGAUCUACAUAUACCAUUAUCAUCACAACAACAACCACAAUGGGAUGAUGCUGAAGAACCUGAGUAUAUUAAUUAUACAACACGUCUUCAAUCAUUUGAAACAUGGCCUGAUUUAUUACAAAUAAAUACAAUACAAAAAACAUUUGUUACACCUCAAACAAUGGCUAAACAUGGAUUUUAUUUUUCAGGACCUGAUGAUGGUGUAACUUGUUUCUAUUGUGGUAAUACAUUAGUUGAUUGGUCAUCAGCAAUACGUUCUACAAAUGAAAAUAUAGUUCAACUUGAACAUGCACGUUUUUUUCCAUGUCGUUUUGUUAUUUAUACAGCUGGUGUUAAAUUUGUUGCUGAUGCUGGAUAUUUUCAAACAGUUUCGCCUCAAGAACGACGUGAUCGUAAUCCUAUGACAUCAGAAUCUUUAUCUAUAUCGAAAAAUAUUGAUAAGAAACCUCAAACAAUUGAUGAAUGUUUAGCAACAUUUGAUAAAUGGCCUCGAAAUGCUCCAAUAUCAGCACAAGCAUUAGUUGAUACAGGAUUUUAUUAUUUAGGUGAAGAAUUACAUGUAAAAUGUUUUAUGUGUGGUCUUGAAGUUGAUGAUUGGCGUCAUGGUAUGACAGCUGUUGGUACACAUCGUAAACGUAACAGUGAUUGUGAAGUACUUCGUGCAAUUGAUAGUAUUAAAACAGGUGAUAUACAAACAGUUAAUGAAAAAUGGCGUCUUGAAACACUUACUGGUUUAUCAUUUACAAAAUCAAAUAUAAAUGAUUAUAAUCAAACAGAAAAUGAUCAACGUUUAUGUCGUGAAUUAGCUGCAUGUGGUUUUUAUCGUUUUAAAAAUACAAAAUUUAUUCGUUGUGCAUAUUGUGGUGUAACAAUUGAACCAAAAUUUGGUCAAUCAAUUAUGUCACAACAUCGUUAUUUAACUAAACAAUCAAUUAAAAAAACAACAGAUGAUCAACAUAAAGGAUCAACAGUUGAUUGUCUUAUGGUACGUGCACAAUGUCCAGCUAAUAUUGCUAUUCCACAUCGAGAACGUUUUCCUGAAUAUCCACAAUAUCAAUCAAUAUUUGACCGUAUUGAUACAUUUAAAAAUCAUCCAGAACGACAUAGAGCUGAUGAUUAUUCUAUACGUGAUAAGGCAGAAGCAGGAUUUUUUCUUGAUGAUCAACGACGUACGCGAUGUUUUCAAUGUGGUAAUGCAUUACCAAUUAAUGAUAAAGUACGACGAGAAAAAUAUCCACAAUAUAAUAUAGCACAAUUACAUGCACAUUUCUAUCCAACAUGUGAAUGGGUUAAAGAAAUAUUAGGUGUUAAAUAUAUUGCACAAGUUCUUCAUGAUCGAAAGAAAUCAAAUGAACCACAAACUCAAACAUCAUUUUAUGCACAACCAUCAUCAAUAUCAUCUCAAGCGACUACAGAUCCUACAUUAACUACUGUUAGUAAUAUAUCUGUACCAUCGACAAUUGAUAUGGAUGAACCUUUUUUAUCUGAUGCAUCCGAAGAUCUAUCAGAUGAUGAAGAUCUCGAACCUGUAGCUAUACCAUCUACUGCCUAUCUCAUUCCUAGUAUUCCACCUAUACAAUCACCAACUCCACCAAUACUAUCACAUGAAUCAUCAACAACAGAAAAAGCUCAAACUUGUUCGGAUCCAAUCACAAGUAAUGGCCAUAAUCAAUCGACACCAGUUAGUAUGAAUAAACACAUGAAUCCAUUUAAACAACAAUAUAUACGACAACAACAAAUACAUGAACUUACAAAUGAUAGUAUAUCCGCAGAGAUUGGUUCAAAUGAAUUAUCACCUUCAAUUGGAUGUUUACCAUCUAUUUCUUCACCAGUUGAUAUACGUUCUUUACUUGCACAUGAAUCAAAUCGUUUAGAUACAUUUAAACGACAUAAUCGUAAUACAUUUGCACAAGUUCCUGUUGGACAUCUUGCUUAUGUUGGAUUUUUUUUAAAUGGUGAAUGUACUGCUAUUCAAUGUCCAUGGUGUGAAGUCUAUUUAACUGAACAAGAAUUUGAAGAUAUAAUGCGUACACGACCAACUGUUGCUCGUUCAGCUGUAAGUGAUGAACCAUGGACACCAAUGCGUGUGCAUCGACAUGCAAAUGGAAUAAUGAUGGAUCAAAAUCAUUCAUGGUGUACAUGGGUUAGACGAGAAGCCGGUGGACUUUAUCCAAAUGUUACAAUGUUAGAAAGUCAAAUGCUUUAUCCAGAAUAUCCAUCGUAUUCGAAAAUUGAAAAACGUAUUAAAUCAUUUACAUCUGAUUGGGUUUAUCCAAGUGGUAGUCGUCUUUCAAAUCAAAUGAUGGCCGAAGCUGGAUUUUUCUAUAUGGGUGGAGGCAAUGUUUGUUGUUAUUAUUGUGGUAAUAAAUUACAAAAUUUUGAACCACGUGAUUGCCCAUUUGAAGAACAUACUACAUUUUAUCCUCUUUGUGAUUUUAUUCAAAAAGUACGAGGUCUUGACUAUGUCAAUCGAAUUAUUUUAGAAUGUGGACGAAUUCCACAAGGACGAUUAAAAUAUGAAGUAGAUGGUUCACAAAAAAUUAAACGUAUUAUUUUUGAUAAAAGUGGUGCAACAAAACGUAAAAGUGAACGUCCACCAGUCAAUCGAAUAAAUUCAUUUUCACCUCGUUCAAUAAGUCGAAAUAUUGCAUGUUCUGAAACUAUAGAUAAUGCUUGUCUUAUAUGUACAGCAAAUGCAGCUACACAUGAAUAUGAUCCUUGUCAACAUUUUCCAAUGUGUCAAGAAUGUUGUGCUCGUUUAGAUCAAGAACAACUUCAAAGAUGUAUGCAUUGUUUUCAACCAGCUACAAUACGUAUGCGUGUACCAAAUACACCACUUAUCCAGUGA